CUCCUCUACCCCAAAGAAGACCGCGCAGAGCGGAAACUGACAUUCAACUGCAGGCACUGCAAUCACUCGGAGGAGGCGGAGUUCACGCAGGUUUACUCCCAUGUUGUUUCUGCUACUGCUCGUGAACAAACAGCAGAAGAGGUAGCCCUCGCCUCCGACCCAACCUUCCCCCGUGCCAACAAUAUAAAGUGUCCAAAGUACGACUGCACCUCAACGGAAGCGGUGUUUUACCAUUCGAGGUCGAAACACCGUGAUGCGACUAUGAAGCUGUUCUACUCCUGCGUCAAGUGUGGGCAUAGGUUUACGAUUGACCCGGCCGCGGAGAAGGAGAAUGAGGCCGAUGCGGAGACGUAA